AUGUCUACUACCACUGUGGAAGGCAUACUACAGACUCCGGAUAUCCUAAAACCCAUCCAAUCUUCACCAGCUCCACCCUCCCACAGAAUCGAAACCUUCGCACAAAGGGAUCUUCUUAGGCAGCCCUUCUUGCAUGAGCUCCGGGACGUGAUCAACGCCGGCUACUAUGAUACCGGUGUCAGUCCUUUCGAAAAGUACGGACCCCGGCUCGAAAGCGACACCCAGCUUGCCGAUGAACUUCAGGAAGCUGGCUUUACUGCAAUUGCAUUUGCUCAAAAUGCGAUCAUCGGUACUGCAAGCUUGAAAGUCUGGUUGCCAGAUUCCGAAGGCGCCGCGUGGAAGUUACCGGGCCAUUUUGACCAAUUCAGUGCGGAUGAGAUCUUCUCUGGAAACCCUACGGUGCUGGAUAGCCUUCGUGAUGAAUCCCAGAAUGUGCCCUGCGAGGGGGAUUUUGAAAUUGCAGCUGUCGCGAUCACGCCGGAUCCUCGAUAUCGGAGGAAAGGUAUUGCGGAAAGCUUGGUUAAGGCAUGUGAGGAGGAACUGAAGAAAAGAAUGUCUCUUGCGGAGUGCACAGAAUUGGUUCACUCGUGCAUUAUGCUCAAAUCCAUUCGUGAGAUCCAAGGUGUUUAUUGGCUGAAAAGGGGGUUCCGCGUCGUGGGGGAACAAUAUUUUCCUCCUUUUACCUGGGGUUACAACAAAGGUUUUGUUCUCUGGGCUAUGGAGAGAGAGUUAUAUGUUUAA